GCGCCAUGGGUGGCCAGUGGCACAGACAUCGACUAGACAAAAAAGAAAUAAUUUGACGCAAUCCCCCCCCCCCACAUCCUGCCCCCUUCCUUCGGACAUCUAAGCGUCACAGCGAGGCGUCGUUUUGUGCCAGCGAAGCACCGCUACCAUCUACCGAAAAAGCAGUCUCCUCCAACUCGCUUUGGGGGUCUUCCCAUCCUUUCCUUUUGUGCGCUGAAAAAGACCGCGAGGGUUCGCUGCUUCGAGCAGGCAUUUUUUGGUUUCCUUCCGACGUCGCGGAUGCUGGUCAUCUUUGACGAGUUAUAGCCCUGCUUCUCCACUGGUUAGAGGCGUCUGUUGUUCCUCGGGACAAUUUUCUGAUCAUCGGCAACACUGAUUUUUCGAUAAUAUACACCGGAAUAUGCAUCCUGCGGUCAGGUGAUGAUAACCUCGAAAGGAUACUUAACGACGGAGGACUGGGCUUCUGUUUGCGAAGAGGGAGCGUGGGCCAAAUAGGGAUCGGCUGGGACAUGCGUAUUUGCGUAUUUUUAAAUGCCGGCAACUAGUAUUUGUCCAUCGAAGGAAUAACGAGGUUUGGCUCUACAGCUCUACCUGAUUGACCCUAUAUGGUUAGAUUUGUAAGCAAGUUUUGGCAGAUGCGAAUAAGUUGACUUUGCAAAUAUCAUGCAUUUGCACCUUCCUCACCAUUUGAAUCCAUCGAGUGACUGUGCCACGAGGGUAGGGUUGCUUAUGAGUUGGCCUCGGUUACUUCAGUUAUCAGUUCCCGCACGCUUCCCUGCGCGUGCUUCGAGCCCUGCUUGCGCCCUCUUCAUUGCCUUAAUUCAUCGAUCGGCUAUGUAGGCUUGCUAAUGGAAUUGUUCGGAUAGAUUGGAACUCCGUCGGUUACACUACAAUGGCCACGCACUGCGAAUUACCACCCAGUCCUCUCCGUGGCCUUCCCGUAGUGAUCGCAACCUCCUUAUCCUCAUAAUCCAGCAAGCAGCUGUGCCGAAGGGAAAAUGUGUGCACUCCACCUUCACGCGCUUCCCUGAGCGUGCUUCGAGCUCUCCUUGAGCUCUCUCUCCCUUCCUGAGUGGUUAAAUUAGGUAUGUUAAUUAAUAUUGAUUUAGUAAUCUAAGCAAAUAGUAUCAAUCAAGCGGGCUGUAGAACCAAAGCUCGCGGAAGGAAUUAUUAGAGGGCAUGUUAGGUGUUCUUUCCAUGUACUUGUGAAGGUAAGCAAAACGGAUUUCUCCUAAUCAUCAGUUUUUCUUUUCUUUCCCUUUAUAACUGGUGGAUUAUCAACCCUAUGCACCCGUUAUUAUCGAAGGCCAGUAGGUUAUAUUAUGGUCAUUUGGAAGCCAGGGUUUGCCUAACCUCAAAGACCACUGUUGAGCUUUCGAGAAGUCAUUGAAGUCUAUGACUGGCAUUAAACAACCGUGGUUGUUGUUUACUAGAUAACGCUACAGCUGAGAUCUCCCCUUUCAGCAUUCCUUGUUGCGGUGUAAAAUACCAGACUCGUCCCUAACUAAGGAUAUGUAAUGCGCUUCCUCCCUUCCCGCUUCUAAAGUCCUCGUCAUCGUCCUCGCUCAGCCGACCUGCGCGUGACCUGGCAGACGUGAACAAAUCUACGGUUCCGCGAAGUGUCUCACCCCUGGCUGCCGCAGCCGCCACCGCCGGCGCCGGCGCCGCCGCCCCGGAUACGGAGCGAGACUUCGAAGGAGAGCAAUUACAACAGAAUCGUCCUGUGGACUCUCGGCGGGAUAUCGUUGUCCUGCUGACUACGACGAAUUUUGACGAGGGUGCCGGCAGUAUGGCCAUCCCAGCUUCCAUCUGCACCCCCAGGGCCACGGCUGUGCUCAAGGUGAGUUUUGUUACUGCUACAGUCACUGUUUCGAAGUAUCCGCCUUUCCCUGCCGUUCUCAGAAAAGACCUCAUAUUUGCUCAAAUCACCGCGAGACCGGUCUUACUGCCAUUUGUAAUGUUUUUACACGUGCCUGCGGGUACCGGCAGGUGUGGGGGAAAUGCCAUUAGGGUUUGCGCGCAGUACCCUUCAGUUGUCAACUGUUUUGUUUGACUCAAAAAUGCAUUGACACGCCUAUGCCCACACCCUGCGAAAGCAGUGCUGAUAAUGACGAACUUAUACACCUCAUUUUGCUGGGCGCGCUCGAUAAAACAAAUCCCGGAAAAAGAUGCUACAAAGUGUUGAGACCAUCAGCAAGUGUCUCCGUGGGUCAAUUCAUUUUCAUCGCGUCUGUUUGAUGCAAAAGAUCCCGAAUGUAGCCUGUGGUUACUACUUAUUUGGGUGUUUUAUGGAUCGGGUAUUUGUUGGAAUAUGAAUGUGAUUUCUGACUUGCACUUGUACUUGUACUUGAUACGGCUGCGAUCAUGCCUGAUCUAACCGGCCUCGAUGAUGUCCCGAUCCGCGGCAGCAGAUCUAGACAGCUCAACUCAUUCCCUUCGCCAACGACGGAGACCGAAUACCAAAGGUCCAAGAACCACCUCCAUGUCUUGACGGACAGUGCCGAGCCAGGUUUUGAACUGACCCCCUCUUCGACGCCUCCAAUUGGGCAACGGUGCAGGAUCGACGUCAGUAACACUGAGCUACUGAGGUGGACGACGAAGAACAUGCCCGAACCACCUCAGUCGUCUUUCUUGGAUGGCCUGAGUUAUCCUCGCGAUGUUGUCGCAGCGAGCGCGGACUAUCUCAUUUGAGACGAAGUCGGUUAACUUCACUCGAAGGAUGAUCCUCAAGUAGUGGUGGUCAAAUACCUCCAGUUUUCGCUCAUCCGCCACGCGCAAAGCCCAGAAUUCGCAACCGUAGAGAAGGGGAGACCGGACAGAUGCACGGUACACGCGAAUCUUAGUGGCGAUGGAGAGGUCACGUCGGUUCCACAGGCAUUUCCGAAGGCUUGAA